UGCUUAUAUGCCCAACGGCGUGAACGCGUUGAGGGGAGCCACUCCGAGGCCGCAGCAAGGAUCCAAAGAGCCCUACUUCGACCCUUCAGCACCUCAGAAUGUCUCCGCACUCAUCGGCAAAUCCGCAUACUUGACGUGCAAAGUGAGAAACAUAGGGAACAGAACGGUUUCUUGGGUUCGACAUCGUGAUAUACACAUACUCACUGUGUCAACAUACACGUACACCUCUGAUCAAAGAUUCAUGGCUUUGCAUCACCCAUUAGAUGACGACUGGACACUUCAAAUCAAAUGGGUACAAAAACGUGAUGCUGGAGUUUACGAGUGUCAAAUUAGCACUCUCCCCGUUCAAGGAUAUUUCAUAAACCUUAACAUUGUGGAACCUGAAACAUCGACAUCUACGACUGACUUUCCAGUUGAUCGUUUCAUUUAUCAGAGAAUGUAUAUGGAUCACAUGUAUAAAGUUCCUACUGCUUCAAUAGUUGGAGGACCAGACAUUUAUGUAAAUUAUGGAAGUACCAUAAAUUUAACUUGCACCAUUAGGCACAGUCCAGAACCUCCAGCAUACAUAUUUUGGUAUUACAGUAAAGAAGAUGAUAACACAUCCACAAACGCACCAUCCACCAAAGGACCAGUAAGGGUUGUGAGUUAUGAUUCUGAAAGAGGUGGAGUGAGUAUUAUAACUGACAAAGGUGAUGUCACUACCAGCCGCCUUUUGAUUACCAAUGCCCUACCGACAGAUGAAGGCCGUUAUUCCUGUAGUCCGUCUAAUGCUGAUAUGGCCACAGUUAGAGUUCAUGUGCUUUCAGGGGAGAGUCCUGCCGCAAUGCAAACAGGAGCAUCGCAAUGGUUAAAAUGCCAUCACGCAUUGACAUUAUUUAUUGCAAUAACAUCGACGUGGACUAAUAUUAUAAGAGUAAUUCGACUAUAAUUCUUUGGGCUAAUUGAUAAAUAAUAUAGUUUUAAUAUUUUGUAAAUUAUUUUAACUGGCUAAGGACACUCACUUUACCCACAUUAUAUGCCAUUAAGGUUCACAGAUUUUCUAUUUUCUAAAUUCUUUGAAUUCCAAAAAACACUUGUUCACGUUGUAUAUGUGAUGUUUAUGACAAUUAGUAAUGAAGUUUUAUUGCAGCUGAUUUAAUUAAUGCGUUAUUGAGAAAUAAAAUUACAAUUUGGUGUAUUUAUUUAGACAAAACCUCUUCAAUUCUGGUUCACUUAAUUAUUAUUAGUAGGAGUAUUUUGUUUUUUAAUUUAGUUUGGGAGAUGGCUACACCUCAAAUGGGUCCUUAGAGUGCAAAUAUAACUUUUAACUUUUGAAGACAAAAUUAUUAAUAUGGUGAAUGUGACUGACAUGCUUAUGUGAACAAAAUAUUUAAUAUAACCUUAUAUUUAUGUAAGUUCAAGUUGAAGAAUAAGCUGAAAAAACAAAUAUUGUUACUUUUAACAAUUCGUGUUAUUGUUAAAUAUACUCAUGAAUUAAGUGUAAUUGUUAGACUACUUAAGAUGAUUUUAUGAAAGCUGAAUCACAAAAUGAACAAGUGAUAGAGAUAUAAAAUGUAAUCAUUUUAUUCUUUUUACUUUAUAAUCAUAUAAGUAAAUAUUUAUAUCAGUAUUAUUAA